AUGCCAGAUCCGGCCAAACCGAGUGCCACCUUCGUGAAACCGGAGGAAGGCCCGGAUGUUUAUUUCAACACUAUAAAAAUCAAUCGUAUUUGCCAACAUUUGUCACCGACGUGUCUGUGCUCUACUCACGAUGAUCGGUUUCUGUACGUGGUGAAUAAUAAUGGGAUCAUUGUCCAGUGGGACCUGGCCAUGCAAGAACGGUUGGCCGUGACAAAGGCGCAGAAGACGAACAAUAUCCAUCAGUUAUAUUCGUGUCCGAAAGAUAGGACGGUGAAGGACUGGUCCCUGAAUGAGAUGUUUUUCAUGGAGACCUUACACGGUCGACAAACACCGGCUACCAGCAUUGAUAAAAAGCCCCAGAGUAUUGUUAAGUUUGUCCAUGGAAUGACGGACAAUGGGGAGGUGAGUGCUAUCACAUCGCUUCUGAAUACGGAUGUGAUUGCAUCCAGAUCAUGUGAUGGCGAUAAUACAAAUAAAAGCACAUGA